ACCGCGCGACUCCACUACUACAUCCGGGACAUUCAGCUUUUCACAUGUCAGUUGGAUCAGCUGUCAAGACUUUCCUGCAUGUGAAGAAGCUUCGGCAGCUAUUCUGAUUUACAACACCUAUUUCUUUCGACAGAAGAGAUGGCGCUGAUGGGAAUUCAGCUGGUGGUCAGCUUGCUGGCUGCCUGCAUUAUGCAAAGGAUGGCUCCACAUUACUCCUUUGCACGCUGGCUACUCUGCAAUGGCAGUCUGUACCGGUUCAAACACCCGUCGGAAGGAGAGCUGUGUGCCCUGGCCGGAAAGCAGAUGCCCAAACCGACCAGGAAAGACAGGAGACAAAAUGGGGAGAGCAAGCCUCUCACUGUGCCCAAAGACAUCGACCUUCACCUGGAGAAAGCUCCAAUCAACGCUCUUGACGCUCUUGUGCUGCGGUUUUUCCUGGAGUACCAGUGGCUGGUAGACUUUGCGGUCUAUACAGCAGGCGUCUUCAUGUUCACUGAGUGUUACUACAGUUCUGUGGAUGCCAGCACAGAAGUCAACAUCGGAGCCAUCUGGUGUGUCCUGACUGUUCUCUUCAGUCUAAAGACUCUUAAAACUCUGAUGAGUCACUACUUCAGCUCUGAGGAGGGCGGCGAGCGCUCGGUGUGUCUGGCCUUCGGCUUCCUGUCUCUGCUGGUGGCCAUGCUGGUGCUGGUGGUCAGGGAGGACUACCUGGAGUUCGGCCUGGAGUCGGCCUUCUCCAGCCUCUUCGACAACUUGGAAGUGUUCGCCAGACAGCAGGGCUACGCUGAGUGGUCCAUUCCAUGGAAUAUAACAAAAAGUGUAUCUCGAGCCGGUUUCUCAAACUUACCUACCCCACCUUUAAGAAUGGCAACAAGCAAUGUACUCCAUGUCUUAUCAAAUACAUCAGCUCUCUUACAUGUCUAUAAUGUUUCCUGCAGGAUUCUGCUGCACAUGAGUUUCCUGUCUCCAGUCAUUGUGAUGAUUCUCUGGGUGAAGCCCAUUGCAAGGGACUUCCUGGCCAAUGCACCUCUGGGGAAGACCACUAUCACAAUAGUUUCCAGUGAAACCUUCGACAGCGUGCGCCUGUGGAUCAUCGUGGUGCUGUGUCUGCUGCGGCUGGCAAUGACUCGCUACCACAUGCAGGCCUACCUCAAUCUGGCUCAGAAGUGGGUGGAGCAGAUGAAGAAGGAGGCGGGACGUAUCGCUGCGAUUGACAUUCAGAGGAAGGUCACUCGUAUCUUUUGCUACCUGACUGUGAUCACUCUUCAGUAUCUGGUUCCUGUUUUUCUCAUCCUCUUCUCCACACUUGCUCUUAAAUCACUAGGGGACUUCUCGUGGAAGGCCGAUGCAGAUCAGACCCCCGGGGUGACACCAGCGCUCAUAAUACCCAUAGCUGCGCCCGUGCUGCCCGGUGGUUUCGAUGAAGAUGAAGAGGGGAUGGACGACAUGGAGGAGGACGUCCAGGCCACAGUUGCCCACCUGACAGAGGCCUUCAUGGCGCUGCGCUCCGUCCUCACUCCACUUUUCUUCCGAGGUUUCUUCGCCUUCCUGACGUGGUGGGUGGCGGCCUGCCAGGUCAUCAGCUCUCUGUUCGGCAUCUACUUCCACCAGUACCUGAUGCAGAACUAACUGAGGGAGACGGAGUGCCAUAACUCUGCAGUCACAGCCCUGUCUGCAGGUAUCCUGUGCAACGGCAUACCAAAAGCUACGGGGACAUUAGUUUAAAACACACAACCACAGAUAGAAAGCACCUUGUUUGUGGCUGUAACCGAAGUUUGAUUGAGGAGAAGGUUGAUGAACACUGUCUGUUGCCAAAGUGGCUACCUGGUUGCCCUUAUGGCUUUUUGUCACCAGCAGGGUACUGGUAUUAUAACACAAAUGUACAGAGAGCACUGGGGUCUGCAUCACAAAGCAAGUUAAGCUUAGUGUGGCUGUCCCUGGGUUACCUAGCUUCACUGAGUUUACCAUCAACAAUCAUUAAUAACCAGAAUCAUAAAGCUUGUUAUCAUCUGGCUCCGGUAGCUCUGUGUUUAUUGAUCCAGCUGCAGAUGUGUUCAUGUGAAAGAGAGUUUUUAAUUACAUGAAACAUCAAAAAGAACCAUGAGAGAAUUACUUAGAGACACAGAGACACCCACAGGGAAAUUAAAAGUGUUAGUUUGUUUAUUUCUAUGGAUACUCAUUAGUUACUGCAUAGCAACAGAAGCCAUCUUAACGAAGAUAUUUUUGAAAAGGGAUAUAUUCAGUAAAAUCGCACAAGUAGAAUAGGAUAAGAAGUUAGGAAGAUACUUUUAAACAUGGCUAUGAAUAAGUGUAAGAAUUAGACUUUUUAAAAUAUUUCUGGCUUUUUCAACAGCUGUAUAGAAAAGUGAAGUGUUGUUGCUUUUGUUCCUUAUACUGCAAAACACUAAUCUUGCUUUAUGAUACAGACCCCUGCCCGAUAACCCUCUAUCAUAUUCAAGCGAAACGUUUUUCUGCAAGUUUUCAGAUGUGUCCAUGCCAGUGUUACCUGAAUUGUUCUUCAAACAACACUAAAUGCUGCAUUUAAUGUUUUAAUUGGUACCAGGGCAAGUAAUAGUACUUAAUCCCUGUGUAAAUCAGACUUUAUUUUUGUGAGGGACGAUUUGUCCCCCAAAGGAACCGAUUUAAGAGUGCUAAAUGUUUUUUUUUAAAUCUCUUUUCUGCCGUUUGAUUGCAAAUACCUAGUAAAGCUUCUGAUCCAUCCUAUUAAAUGAAACGCAGCUAAACGUAAAUCCAAACUGUGGCUGUGAAUCGGCCAAAAACUGAAGAGCUGUUGCUUUUAUCGAAAAAGUUUCUUCAGUAUUCCUAAGUGCCUGGGAGUUUAGGGAUUUUAAAUCAAUUUAAAAAAUCUCCUGUCUCCUUGAUCUUAAGUAUUUAGAAUAAGUCGCAACUCAUUUCUGUUUUUCCCAUUCAUUUCAAACCACUACACAAUGGCAACAUUUUAGUUGCAGUGUCUUAAUUAGAUGCAUUCAUUUUAGGUUUAUUGUUCUUUUUUAUUGCCAAUCCAUGUAAUGUAGUUUACUUUAAACCAGUUUUGCAUCAGUGGCUUUUAUUUAUUUAUUUAUAAUACAUUGCCUCACAAAACAUUUUGUGUUUUCUUUGUUGUUUUUUUAGAAAUGAUACAGAUGAUUUAAAUCUGUUAACUCAUGUAUUCUGUUUGUGGGAAUUUCUCAUUUUGAUUGUGUGUUUUUUCUAGUUAGUAUAUUUGAAUGGAACGCUCUGAAAUCAAUAUACUGUGAACUUCAUAUGGAAAUGUUGCUUUUUUGAGAUUUUCUGAAUGCAUGGUGUGCAAACUUUUGGCUGUUUUGUUAGUAUGGCUCAAUAAAAAUCAUUUAUUAUU